CCAAGUAAAUCCCUCUCCUUACAAAGUUGCUCUGCACCACCUUUCCACAAAAGAUGGGUGCAACCCCACCCAUUCCAACGCAACCACUGCCCUAAACCCUAAUUCCCCGCUCUGUCUGAAAAACCCUUUUAACCCCACCUCCAAAAACCCUCAAAUUUCUCUACUUUCACCACCCAAACCAUGCCCAAUUCCUCCAAUUAGGGUUUCCCACUUCCAAUUUUUGGCCUCGGAUAUGUCUUCCGAAGAAAUAGGUCUCGUUCCCUCCCAGAGGCUCGAGAACGGUCUCAACUCGCAGCAGCUCUUGUUCCCAGACGAUGCCUUGCGGUUCAAUUGCGGUGCACCACCCCACCAGCGCCGAGUCGGGGACCCGGGUCCCAAAACCAGAGAGCUCAGCGGGUUCAUCGAUGAACGAUUUUUCGCAUCUCAGAGUACCGACUUCCGGCGGAGCUUGUAUAAUAACGACGGGCAUGAACGGAGGGACCCACGGGAGCCACGGAAUUGUUAUGGGAAUGGGACCGCCACGAGUGGCGAUGGAUCGGAUGAAGAUGAUGACGAAGAAGACGACGACGAUGACGUGGACGAUGAUGAUGAGGUCGAUGAAGGUGACGCUGAUGUUGAAGGUCUUGUAGGUGUUGAUGACGUUAACAAGGGCAGCACUAGUAAUAAUACGAGUAAUGGGGAGGACAAGUUGGGAAAUGGGAAAGCUAAGCACCAGCACCAGCACCAUUCUUCUUUUGGUGGGACUGUGAUCGUAGGAUCAAGUAGAGAGGUAUUAGUGAAAGACGGUAGCAUUGGGCAGCAAACUUUGAGUGGCAAUGCCAAGGCUAGUCCCAGUGAGAAUAAUCAUCAUCAGCAAGGCAGACUUGGGAAUUAUCAGAAUGCGGUGACUGUUGCAGAACACGAUGGGGACGUCUAUUAUUCUCAAUUUUUGCAGGGCUCUGAUGGGUCAGUUGUAGGACAAAAAGACUUGGCUGUAGAAAAUGGUUGUGGGUUCAGUGGAAGAAAGGACGUUUCUUACUCAAACGAGUCAGGAGAAUCUUUAAGGAUGAUUCUAUCGGAUCCUGUGACGGGAUCUCUCAUGGAUGAUGCAAUGAUAUUACCUUGUGGGCAUUCCUUUGGAAGUGGUGGAAUACAGCAUGUUAUAAGAAUGAAAGGAUGUUACACUUGUUCUCAGUCAAUUUCAGAAGACUCAGUUGCUCCAAAUCUCUCUCUUCGAGCUGCUGUUCAGGCAUUUCGCCGUGAGGAAGAGUUACAAUUUUAUCGCUCAUCUAAGAGGAGGAAGGAAAGGUUUGACCAGGAUAAGGGUGUUUUUGGUGAUUCAAAUCUAAUGGAUCCACCAAGAGGUAGAGGUGUUCAGUUUCCAUUUGCUGUGACGGACCGAGUUAUCAUAAAGGGGAACAAGAGGACACCACAGCGCUUUGUUGGGCGUGAGGCUGUCGUGACAACACAGUGCUUAAAUGGAUGGUAUGUGGUAAAAACAUUGGACAAUGCAGAGAGUGUCAAAUUGCAGUACCGCUCACUUGCCAAGGUUUCAGAUGACCCAUCAUCAAAGCCAAUGUCAAUCAAGAUGACACCUAACUGGCCCUAGACCUUGCAGCAUACAAAAUGAGAGAGAUUAGCCCUUAAAUAGGUUGUUGCCAACCUACCACGCUUGAGUUAUUUUGACUUUAGGUAACAGGUUCUGUUUGCACUGUUGUAUCUCUUACAAGCAUACACGGUGAUGUUCAGGCCUUGUAAAUUAUAGAAGCCUUUUUAUAGUUGCUGCUAUGAGGAAAUCUAGAAUGAGAAUUUAUAUAGGUACGAUAAUGUAUUCAUUUUUGCUUUAAAUAUCCGAGCAGCAUUGUAUUUGAAUAUAGCUCUUGUAAAAAAUCAAAGGUUCAUGUAAUAAAUUUUGGUUUAUAGGACA